GCCAGCUUUCCUGUGUUGAGACAGGAGGGAGACGAUCAUGGAGGCGGACGCGAUGGACAAUCCAUCGGCCAUCUUUGAUGACAAAGAAAGCCUCAUGGGGCCGAUGGCGUGCCGGCCCGCCGCUGUCUCCGGGAUCCUCUCCCAUGGCAUAUGGCUAGGGCAGAAUCCUCUACAUUUUGGUUUACCUCUCUUAUUAUUUCAAAUCUCUCUUAUCUCCAUAAUCACGUGGACCAUGCACUACCUUCUCAAACCCUUCAGACAGCCUAGAAUCAUCAGCAGUAUAAUGGGGGGAAUAAUCCUGGGCCCAUCAAUCUUGGGCCGCAGCAAGAGUUUUAGAAAAAUGUUCUUCCCGCGAGAAAGCCAAAUGCUGGUGGAGACAGCUGGGCUGUUAGGCGUCACGUUCUUCCUCUUUAUAGUGGGAGUGAAGAUGGACCCCACCAUCAUCAAGAAAUCAGGGAAGCAGUCAGUGUUGCUGGCCAUUUCAAAUGUAUUCUUCCCUGCAAUUCUUCUGUCAUUCCUCACCUUAACCUUCAAUGAACAUAUCAUCCCCGCAGGCCUAUCGAUUAACCAUGUCAUGAAACUGUCCAUAAUGACAUCGAUGACCUCGUUCCCUGUCAUUGCAGUCGCCCUCACUGAGCUCGGGAUGCUUAACUCCGACGUUGGCCACCUGCUCAUGUCAUCGGUGAUUAUCGGAGAAAUAUUCGCCGUCUCCUUUGUAUCGGCCACCUUGGCAGCUAAUAUAGCUGCAGAGAACCAGAUGUACGCCAUAGGGAUGGUGUUGUCAAUGAUCGUUUUGAUAGUCUUCAUCAUCUGCGUGUUCAGGCCCAUAUCAUUGUGGAUCAUCAAACAAACCCCAGAGAAUCAGCCAGUAGCAAAGACACAUAUCUUCAUCAUUAUCAUUGGGAUCCUGGUCACUGCUUUCAUUGGAGAAACGAUUGGGCAGCACUCGCUCUUCGGGCCGUUCAUCUUGGGAUUGGUCAUACCUGUUGGGCCCCCACUAGGAUCGGCCAUGGUAGAAAGGAUUGAAUCUGUGGCUUUGGAGAUUCUAAUGCCACUCUAUUUCGUUUCAACUGGCUUGAAAGUGAAUGUGUAUGCUAUACAUGAUUGGAAGGCGAUGUUGUUCCUAGAGGGGAUCGUGAUCAUCGGUUGCCUAGCAAAGAUUGCGGCGUCCACUUUGUUGUCGGUCUACAUCAACAUCCCCAAACAGGAUGCUCUCGUGUUCGGCCUGUUCAUGUGUUCCAAAGGCAUCAUGGAAGUCGUCAUUUUGAAUAUUUGGAAGAAUGAUAAGUCCAUAGAUAAUCAAGAGUAUAUCAGUAUGAUUGUCUCGAUCCUAAUGGUGACUAGCAUUUGCACGCCGCUGGUGACUGCCAUCUACAAGCCCACGAUGCGGUACAUUGCGUACAGUUGGCGAACGGUACAGCACAGUGUUGAGGGCAACUUGGGGCCAUGUCUUCUUACAUGUGUCCACGACGAAGACAACGUCCCACCCAUCAUCAACCUCCUGCAAAUGUCCAAUAUUUCCAGGUUUAACCCCCUAGCCGUCCAUGUCCUCCACCUCGUGAAUAUGGUGGGCCGCGCCUCGCCGUUGCUUAUGCCUUACAAACCAACCAAAUACCCCACCGGCACUAAUCGAAUAAUGAACGCUUUCCAGCAGUAUGAGCGAAACUACCGUGGGCAUGUCUGGCUGCAACCCUUCAUAGCAAUUGCACCCCACGAGACCAUGCACAAUGAUAUUUGCUCGCUUGCACAUACCAAGCACGUAUCGCUCGUGAUCAUGCCAUUCCACAAGCAACCGGCAGUUGAUGGGAGGAUGAUGUUGGGAGGGUCAGGCCAGUCUAUCAAGAUCAUUAAUCGUAAUGUCUUGGAGGAGGCUCCAUGCUCGGUGGGGAUCUUGGUGAACUGCAGGGCCUUGGGAGGGAUCAGGCAACCAAGACAACAUUGGUUCCACUUGGCUGUCUUGUUCUUGGGAGGCCGUGAUGAUCGUGAGACGUUGGCUUACGCGGCAUGGAUGGCAAGUAACCCAUCUGUCAGCAUCUAUGUGACACGAUGUGUUCCGUUGGACUGGAAGCUCUAUGAUUCCAUCGAGAAGAAGCUCGAUGAUGAGAUGGUGGCUAAGUUCAAGAUGUGGGUGAUGGGCAAUAACCGGGUUAGUUAUCGAGAGGAGGAGGUGGCUGAUGGUGUAGGGACGGUUGCAGUGAUUAGAUCGAUGGGUGACAUGUAUGAUCUUUUCAUGGUGGGGUGGGGGCUAGAAACGGAGACGGUCUUAACAAGGGGGUUGAGGGACUGGAACGAUGACUGCGAGCUUGGGAUCGUAGGAGACUUCCUUGCGUCGACAGAUUACAGUGGGGCAGCAGCAGUGCUAGUGUUGCGACAGCAGGCCAGAGUGGGCAGCAUAGACGGGGCGCAACCCAUGUCACCCAUGGCGCACGUUAGCAUUACGACCUCGAAUAAGAUCCAUGAUCCGCCGGACAUGCCAGAGGAUCUGUAUCAGAUCUUCAGCAAAUACGCGAGAGCUGAAGACUACUACACUCCUUGGGACGAGAAGCUCCAACGCCAUAGAGGGUAUGGCUCCAUCCGUUUUUUCUACUUGGCAGAUGCGUAUGCAGCCAUUGGGGUCCUUAAUGGCAUGAAGGUUGAUGGCUGGCCCCUCACAGUGGAGAUAGGCAAUCCUUGA